GAGAGAACGAAGUGAUUCGGCACAGGCAAUGUUGAACCUGAAUCAGAAUCGUAAUAUCGCAGUUCGGCCUUCAGCGCUCGCGUUCUAGUCGGAACAGCGUGUUUCAUCCAAAUCGUGUGAUCAUCUUUUGCAUACUCCUCCACUUUUUCACUUUGACCCUCUCGUUGAAUUCGUCCUCGCGGAUCUUUUCACAUUCUUCGUAAUUCAAGAAUAUACCGGUUUCGCGAACGCGAAUAAUAGAAGCAACGUGUUUACAUAUUUCGUGAACAAAGCAGGAAAAGGUUGUAUUAGACCCAAGGAGAGAAAAUGCGUCGAGCGAAAGCUUGAACACGUACGUAUCCGAGCAUGUUUUAGAAUUUUUGUUUCCUCACGCUCACUCAAAACUGCCAUUUUAGAAGAUAUUCGGAUUUUUAUAGAGCGACUUCCUCUCCUCCCAUGGUUCCCGCAACCGAAGUGACAAGCGACACAAAAAAUGAAUGACUGACUUUUUCUUUUGCCCUGACGAUUUUCCAAUCGAGCUCAUGUCAGGAGCGCGCGACGACCACUGAUAUACCAACGACAUCAAAAAAGAACGACAAUUGAAAGACAAAAAAGAAACUAGAGUUGGUAACUACUUAAUUCUAUGUACUGAUAUGAUACAACAGUAGAUGAGCAAGUCCAAUGCCGGUUUCGCAGGAUAAGAGUCCAGCAGUGCGCCAUCCUGGGCUUGAUCCGGGCGUCGUGGAGGAUAUCCACAAUCAGCGAUCAUCGCUAGAAAGCAAGAGGCCCAGCAUGUCGGUACAAGACGACAUUCCAGUUGGCGGUACCCGAUCGGGUGUUGCUUCUUCGAGUGUGAUGAAGGAGGCAGCGGCAAAUAACGCAGUGGGUGGAGCUGAGGCUGAGAGGCCAGCGAAGCGACAGAAGAAAGCUGCAAAUGGAGCUACGGCUAGUUCGAGUUCGACUGCCGCUGGCGGUGGUGGCAGGAAGGGGAGUAAAGUAAAGGGUGCACCUGGUGGAAAGGGAGAAGAACAUGCAUCUGGAGGUGGCGACGUCGAGGAUCCUCAGUAUGGAAAGAUGGAACACAGAGACCACAUCCUGCUGCGACCAGACACGUAUGUGGGGACGAGGCAGGAACGAAAAGAGAAGAUGCUUUUGUUGUCAGCAGAUGAGACAAAAUUCGAAGAGCGGACGAUCAGGUACUUCUUUCGCUUUUUUUGGCUGUUGUAUUCGUGGAGGUUGCUUUUAGGAACGAACAGGUGGCUUUUGGAAAAUUUCGUAUCUGCUCGCAAAGAACGAACUUGAAAAAACUACAGUUGCAAUAGACCAGUAGACUUGCAAACAACUCCGAAAUCAUUUAGUUCCACAACAAAAUCCAAAAAAAAACCGCAGGUAUUGUCCCGCUCUCUACAAGAUUUUCGACGAAAUUUUAGUCAACGCCGCAGACCACAUGCAGCGUGAUAGCAACUGCGAUGAGAUUCGCGUGCACAUCGACCCAAAAGAUGGCAGCAUUAGUGUUGAAAACAACGGUAGUGGUAUUCCGGUCCAGAUGCACAAAGUGCAAAAAAUCUACAUCCCAGAACUGAUUUUCGGAAAUUUGUUGGCCGGUGACAACUUCAACGACGACCAACAACGUGUAACAGGCGGUAGAAACGGCUAUGGGGCGAAGCUGACCAACAUUUUCUCCACGAAGUUUGAGUUGGAGACGGUGUGUGCGAAGCACAAGAUGCACUACAAGCAAAUAUGGGAAAAGAACAUGUCGAUCAAGGGAGAGCCAGAGAUCAAGCCUGUCGCCACUGAAGAUUUGGCUAGCGGAAAAGUGAAAGCGUUCACUAGGAUAAAAUUUUGGCCAGAUUGGACCUACUUUCCGCAAAACGACCUCACGCCAGACACAGUGGCGUUGUUCCGGAAACGAGUUUACGACAUCGCAGGGUCGACCGAUGCUAGAGCGACGGUGUUUCUAGACGGAAGAGAAUUGCCGAUUCGAACCUUUGAGGACUUUGUGAGGAUGCACAUAGAGGAAAUCACACCAGAAAAACAGGAGCAGAUGAAACAGCAACUAGCAGCAGCGAAGGAGAAAAUGAAUUAUGUUGAAAGAAGGACCGCUAAGUGACUUGAGUACUCAUAGCUUGAUUCCUUCAGUAUCUGAUAUUAACGUCGAGGCAGGCUUCCGCCACGGUUUUCUUUUUCAACAUUUCCACUCAUUGAUUCGGGACAAUGCGGCUUGGUUUUUCUAGACUCCCCUGAUGGAUCUUUUUCACCUGAUGGAUCUCUCGGAGAGACCUUUGGGAAUCUCUAAUCCUUGAAAGAGCAAGAAGGUGUUGCGGAUCCUGAGAAUCCAAAUGUGGCAGCCGAUCUGGAGGUCGAUGGGAACGAACGUGUGACUGGAAUAAUCGCGCGAGAGAUCAUCAAAUACGACUCAAAGGGCGAGAAGGGAGACAGCCAACCACUGGCGUGGGAAGUGAUACUGGCAUAUAACCCAUACGAUGAGUUUCAUCAGGUACUAGAACUUGUUACAUCCUUCUACUGGUUUUUCGCAUGAGAUAUUUUGUUGACUCUUCUGCGCCUUUGAACAAAAACAAAUUCCAAUUUCUUGUGUCGAUUUCGCUACAUACAUAUAAUAGUAGUGCGCAAUCAAUAUCAACCUCUUGAGCUUUCUCUCACCACUUUCUCUCCCACAAGAGUGAUCCCUUCAUCGUGUCAUUCAGGUCUCCUUCUGAAUUUUUCCCUCGAGUGAUACCUUCAUCGUGUCAUUCAGGUCUCCUUCGUGAACACUUUCUCUCCCACAAGAGUGAUCCCUUCAUCGUGUCAUUCAGGUCUCCUUCGUGAACUCCAUCCGUACCUACAAAGGCGGUUCCCACGUCUCCUGGAUCCGAGAGCAGAUUCGGUCUAUCGUCAAGGCCAAGUGCGUCAAAGAAGCCAGUAAAAAGAAGAUCCGCAAGGAUUUCGUCAAGGAUGGCGAUAUCGAUGCGGAGAUGUACCUCUUCAUCAAUGCUCUGAUCGUGAAUCCGCAGUUUGACUCCCAGAGCAAGGAGUCUCUGAAUACGAAACGCGAGCAAUUCAAGCAGCAGACAGGACUGUUAAGGGUACACCUUUAACGUGCUUUUCUAACCGCUUUUUAUGCCUCUCUCCCUUAGGAGGAGAAAGGCAUAACAAGCGGGGUAAGCGAGCACCAAAAGCCUACCACCUCUAAGAGGGGGCGACCAGUUUAAGGCGGAGGUGGAGGAGAGUGGGAUCGUCGAUAGUGUCUUGUCUUACGCCGAAGCGGCUGGGAAAGACGACGUGGCGAAAGUGUUCGCUGCCAAUGUGGGUCCGAGAAAUCCAGACGGGUCUUGGGGAAACAUCGGCAAGACCCGAAGACUGAACGAUGUGCCGAAACUAGAGGACGCCAAUAUGGCGGGAACGAAGCGGAGCAAAGAAUGCACGUUGAUCUUGACCGAGGGAGACAGUGCGAAGGCCUUGGCAGUUGCGGGAUUGUCCAUCGUCGGACGCGAUUUGUACGGCGUCUUCCCUCUUCGCGGUAAGCCACUGAACGUCCGAGAAGCUGCGGUUAAAGACGUGGCGAAGAACGCAGAGGUCAAGCACAUCAUGAAAAUCCUAGGUGCGAAUCCAAUGCAGAAACCACCACCCAAGAUCGACGACCUCCGUUACGGUAGUGUCAUGAUCAUGGCGGAUCAGGAUUUCGACGGUUCCCACAUCAAAGGCUUACUCGUAAACAUGUUUCAACAGUACUACCCGCAUCUGCUGCAAGAUCAGAGUCACAACUUUUUGAAGGAGUUCAUCACGCCCAUCGUGAAAGCGACGAAAAGGAGAGGUGACAACGCAGAACCGGAAGUGCACGAGUUCUACAGCAUUAUCGCUUACGAGCAAUGGCUGGAGGCCAAUGAGCAGGGGAAAGGAUGGGAACUGAAGUAUUACUAUAGAUAUGUAUAUUUUUUUCGUUCCAGUAUUUCGAAAAAUCUCACUUUAUAAUUUCGUACUUUUUCGAUGUGCACUUUCACAUACUUGCUUCUUUGAUUUUUUGAUUUCUCACCUCGAUUAGGUACUACAAGGGUCUCGGUACCUCCACCUCGAAAGAAGCUAAGGCCUAUUUCUCCGAUCUUCCGAAGCACAAGAUUGAGUUGAUGUACGAGGACCGCGUCGGACGCGAAGUUGAGGCUUCCGAUGACGAGGACGCUCCAGGUGGUGGAGAUGUGAAUGCUGCUAAUGGAGACGCUGCUCCAAAGCAGAAGAAGAUGAAGCGCGUUUUCGAGGAUGACGAUCUGAUUGACUUGGUUUUUAGUGGUAAGCGCGCUGACGAUCGCAAGGUGUGGAUGAACGGCUCUGAUGAUACGUUAGCUGUCGAUACCAGUAGUGGGAAAUUGACAGUGAAAGACUUCAUCAAUCGAGAAAUGGUCCAGUUCUCAAAGUACGACUUGCGACGUGCUGUGCCGUCAGUCAUAGAUGGCCUGAAACCUUCGCAACGGAAGAUCCUGUUCGCUUGUUUCAAGAGGAACUUAAAGUCCGAUAUCAAGGUUGCACAGCUGAGCGGAUAUGUGAGCGAAAAAGCGGCUUACCAUCACGGUGAGGUGUCUUUGCAAGGCGCGAUCGUGAAACUGGCGCAAACCUUCGUCGGCAGCAACAACGUCAACCUCCUGAUUCCUAGUGGUCAAUUUGGUUCACGCCUCGAAGGGGGUGAAGAUCACGCCAGUGCGCGUUACAUUUUUACCAGGUUGGCGAAAACAGCACGUGCCAUUUUUCCGGAGGCUGACGACCCAGUCCUGGAGUACAACAUGGAGGAGGGUCUGUCCAUCGAACCCGUCUCCUACUACCCAGUGAUCCCCAUGAUCCUAGUCAACGGGUGCAAGGGUAUCGGUACGGGGUGGAGCACCGAAAUUCCGUGCUUCAAUCCCCGCGACAUCGUAGCAAAUGUCCGCCGCUACAUCGAAGGCAAGCCUUUUGUGGACAUGAAGCCUUUUUAUCGUGGUUUCACGGGGUCUAUGGAACUCAAGGGAGGGGCAGACCAGUUCAUGGGCUUAGAUGCUGCUACUGGAGCAACGCAAAUGGUGGAGUCAUCCGCGCUAACGUACGUGAACAAGGGUGUGAUCCGGGAAACUAGUAGAACACAGCUGGCGAUCACAGAACUCCCGAUUGGUGUCUGGACCAGAAAGUACAAGGAGAAGCUGCAAGAAAUGCUCCAGAAAGACGAGAAGGACAAGGACUUUUUGCUCGCGGACAUGAAGGAACAUCACACAGACAACACUGUGCAUUUUAUUCUUCAACUCACCCCAGAGAAGAUGCUGCAAGCGAAGCAGACCGGUCUGCAUAAGGCGUUUUCGCUAACGGGACAGCUAGGCAUGAGCAACAUGCACGCGUUCGGAUCGGACCACCAGAAGAUCAACAAGUACGAUUCUCUGGCCGAUUUGUUGCAGGAGUUCUGCGAGGCUCGUGAAAAAGUCUACCAGAAGCGGAAAGCGCAUCAACUCCGGAAAAAACAGCAAGAGAUCAUGGAGAUGCAGGCCAAGGCUCAGUUCAUCCAACUAGUAGUCGAUGACGUGAUAGAUUUGGAGAAAAAGUCGCAAGCAGAACUGGCACUAGAACUCUGCGCGCGACACUUCCCGAAGUGGAAGGAGAUUCAUCCACUUGACUUCGCUGAUUUUCCUGCAUCGAAAGCGAAAUUUCCGAAGGAGAAGAUCGGAAAGCAAGAGCCAACAUCUUCUUCUAGUAGUAGUUCCUUUUCGGGUCCUGCUGGUGGUGUUGCUCCUAUGGAUGUCGACGGUGGUAAUCAACAAGGAUCCUCUUCUUCAACCACCGCCACAGCCACCGACUACGGGUAUCUCCUCAAAAUGAAGGUCCACCAACUGUCGGAAGAGCGUGCGUUGCUUCUGCUGCAGCAAUUGGCCAAGAAAGAGCAGGAAGCAGAAGCUUUGGAGAAGGUGAGGCCUGGAGACAUGUGGCUGGCUGAUUUAGACAACGUCGAGUCCGCUCUAGACGAUCAAGACCGCGAGGACGGCAAGGAGUUGCAAACGGCCUUGAAGAUGAACAAGAAAGUAGGCAGCGCGGAUGAGAUGACCAAUCAGCCGUGCGUUUUAGCGAUGACGCAGAGUGGAAGGAUCAAACAGAUCGUCAGGAAUAAAGUAGUACCACGAGCGCAUUUGAAAAACAAGGUCGGAAAGAACUUUGCUGCGCCAAAUGGAUUAGACGCACUUUCAGCUUCAACAAGUGCUACUCCAACUACUACUGGCGCUUCUUCUUCCUCAGUUGGGACGAAAAACAAGGGUAACAAGAAUCUUCCUGCUCGUCCAGAGGAGACUAUUACUACUAGUGCUCCAGAUCCCGUAGUGAAGCUUCUGGGUUGCCACAACUUUGACACAGUUCUCUACGUCCUCUCUGACGGCAUGGUGAUCUCGUACCCCGUGAUUUCCAUUAAAGACGAUGACGCGAAGAAAAAAUUGAACCACCCUCCGAAACCGAUCCAGGACUUUCUCAGCUUCCAGGAGCCUUGGCGAGCACCGUAUUUGGAACAAUCUGAAAUCGCGGAUCUAAGAAAAGCGGCAGGUCGUAGUGCAGUCAAGGAUGAAGCAAAUAAUGCUAUGGAAAUGGAUGUCGACGAAGGGAACACUGGUGGAGAUGAUGUUAAUGUUGCAGAUGGAGCAGUUGUAGACGGGUCCUCAUCUUCUUCCAGUACAACUGUUCGCGUUGUAGCAAUGGUUCCUAUCGGCGAUGACAAGGCGUGGGAAGCGGAUUCGUUGUUGUUGCUUUCUCGCGAAGGCAUGAUCUUGAAGUUGAAGUUGAGUGUGGAAGGCAUCCAGAAAUCUCUAGUUCGCGGCUUGCAGAUGAUGAAAGUACGAUCCGGCGACGAGCUAACCCACGCUUGUCUCGCUAAUGAAGAUGACACUUUGUUCAUCGCGAAAGCAGACGGUGCUUGUCUGCACACUUCGGUACGCGCGUUGCGGUUCGGCAAUAAGGGUGGAACCGGAAUGAAGGCGGCGUUUGUGAAGAAAGUGGCCGUUCCGAAGGGCAGUUGUGGCGACAAGAAGGAUCGACAAGCCUACAAACGCACAGCCAAGGCAGCGAGAGUGAUCGCAUUCGAUCGCGUCUACAAUGGCGGAAUCAACUUCGACAAAACGGCGAAGGUGCAAGACAAGGAUGCGUAUCUGAAGGAUCAGGGCAUUAGCAAGCCACAGCCGGUACAGCAGGCGAGUGCGUACUAUGCGCAGUGGCGUGUGCGAACACAACAGAACACGCCUAGUGGACCGAGUUUGGCUCAUACUGUGAAGAAAGAAGAGUCGUCCACUUCUACUUCUAAGGUGAAGUCAGAACCAUUGCCAGAACUGACUUCAGAUGCUGACGUGUUAGGGAAUGCGGAAAUCCUCCUAGCUGCGGCGACGACCUUGCCACGGAAGUUGCGAGUCGCCGCUGGGCAGAUUUUCCCCGCUUUGAGCGAAGCUGACCAGGCCGAGUGGCUGCAGAAGCAGGAAGCAGACCAAGGGCGCUACGAUCGUGAGAUGAGCGAGUACAAAGCGGCGAUUGCAGCACACAAGAAGACGCAGCUGUCCAACAAGUUCGUGAAAGACGCUAGUUUCGGGACGAAACAAGGUGGCGGCAAGCUCGAAUACAUGCUCAAGCCGGAUUACUUGUACGGCAAUGCCAAUGCUGGUGCGAAAGAAGGACCACUUGUCGAGGAGAUGAAGGCAGCAGGCCUAGACGCGAAUAUGUUCUUGACUCGAGUGAUGUGGCUGCGCAAUGUCAAGUACCCAACACUCUCUGCCGAGGAGAAAGCCGAGUGGGAAGCCAAGUCAGCGGAACUUUUCUCUGAGCGUGCAGCAGGAGCAGCGGAUGAGGUGAGAGGACGAGCUGAUAGUGCAUUGAGCAACGCCGAUGCCAACGGAGCUCCUGGUGGUCGUGUGAAGGAUACACAAGACGAAGAUGCUGGAGAGCCCACUCCAGGAAAUGACGACGACGCCGAAGAAGAUGGUAAAGAGGACGAAGAUGAUGAAAACGAAGACGACGAGCCGGCUGCCAGUAGUCAAGAUGGCGAGGACGACGCCGAGAGCGUGGCCGAAGGCGGCACGCAAUCUGUGACGGACAGUCAAGCGGGUCCGACAUAUGGGAGGAAAGCCACCGGAGCGGAUUUGAAGGACAAAGCCUGUGUCCUCUGCAUCACGAAAAAGGGUCGCGGCCAGCGCAUCCCCAUAGAGCGCUUUAGUGUACUGAAAAAGACAAAUGGGGGUCGAUCUCUGAAGAUGGAAGCGGACGACGCGUUGGUCGCUGUCGUAGUCCUACAUCCAGACCACUUCGGCAACAACCAGAACCGACCUGCAGGAGCGUCUAGUGGUUUCGGAGCAGGUAGUAGUACAACAGUCACGGGUGAGAAACUCUUUUCAGACGACUACAUGACACAGCAGAAGGGCCAAAACGCUUUCAACGGCUUCUGUCAUGAAGUGGAAGAAGAGGUUGAGGAAGUAGUUGUUCCUGCGGUGGCGAAGCAAGAACAAGUAGAAGAUGGCGCAGCAGCAGCAGCACAAGCGGCUUCUACUACUCAGAAGGUUAAGCGCAUCGUCAAGAAGUACGUGGCAGACCCAGCAGGCAAGUUCCAGAUCGCAUUGAUGCGGGAGGGUCAUGUGCGAUCUAAAAAGCUCUGGCUAGAGCUGGGUGAAGAAGAGAAAGCCAUUUGGGAAGCUAAAGCUGCUGCACAAAAUGCUAAGGUGUCAGCUUUAUCAGCAACAAGCUCGUUUGAUGAAGAAGCAGCGACGCCUUUGCUUGGUGGCGCAGACAGCGCAGCUGCUGCAAGUGGUAUUUCCGAUGCUCCGGCUUCGCAAAAUGGUGCUAAUGGUACAAACAAUCCUCCAACAACCACAUUAGCAGCAUUAACGAAGAAGAAAGAACAACGCGCACACCACGAAUUGCUUCUUCUGACCUCAGAUGGCGAAGCCCAUCGCGUCAUUCCUACCACAAUCGCUCUUUCGAAAGGCCUCAGAGUGGCAAAGUCACGCAGUAUCGCGAAGUUGCAAGGUCCUAACAGUAGUAUCAUCGACGCAAGCUACAGCAUCACAUGGGAUGUUCCAGAACGGGCAGCGGACAGAAAGGCAAGACUAGCUGCGGAGAAGGCUGAAGCCUCGAGGGAAAAAUUGGAAACAGUGAUGGAGGAAGAGGAGGAAGACGAAGAGGAGGAAGAAGGAGGAGAGUUUUAGAUGAAACGACUUCAACUAAGAUUACUUUGCUGGAUGGAGAAGGUCUUCGACGUGUUUAAGCAGAACUUGUUUACAACUACGAUGAGAAUUUAGCUACGGAGCUUUUUACUUGAAAAACACCAAGAUCAGUUAUUAAAAAGCACCAAAUUCAGUUAUUGAAAAAUUGCUGAUGUGCCUUAAUAUAGAUAUCAAAAACGAAAGUCGAACUUAAUCUGCUCUUCAUUUCAGGCUAGUAGUUCACUCUCGAAUAAAUGCUAGCUCUGAGCGCGAUCUCGAUUUUUUCAAUCCAUUUCAAUAAAUUUACUCAUUCAAUUUCUUAGCAGUAAAAUAUCCAUUGACUUAUAGUUUUAUAUCGACACUACGGUUAGCAGAAUUGAUCUAAAGUCAAACAUGUUUUCGAUCAUAUAUUUUCUGGUUCGUUUGUUGUGAUGGGAAUUGUAUUUUUCAGUCUGCCCCCAAAACAUCAGGAAGGGCGGGCGAGUACCAAAAGCUUGGGGUUAAGAGUACUAUCCUGUUGUAGAGAGCAGCAGCUGGAGGUUUAGAAACAAAGCCUCCGGGAGCUAACAGAAGCCUUCAACGAAACACAAUGAAAAAAAGAUCACGAUGUAUCAUCGGGUUUCAAUUUUUUUGAAGAUAUGCGCCGUUAAGAGCGAAUAUCCAGUCUUAUGAAACUUGAUCGUGUGUACUCAGAACCAACGAGUGGGUGCACUGCUCGUCCAAUAUCUUAAGCUCCUAGUAAGUAGUCGAAUACUAGUAGUCGAAUAUAAUGGAUUUAAGUGUAAGUAACCAGUAGGACUAGGCAUAAUGGUUGUUUCUUAAUUCGUGGAAAGAGAUAUUCAUAUUAUUCAAUAAAUAUUUUUCAAUUUGUUUUGAUGCAUCGAUCCAGGUUCGAAUGCCGAAGCCGCACUCUUAUAAAUAUUUCUUACCUCUCCACGACCUUGGUAUUUAAGCUCCUGAACCUCCUGUCACCUCAUU